AUGGUCGAUAAUGCGCUGGCAGCACGUCUCACUGGCUCCGAACUUGGAGAGGUAGUUUUUGUUGGGAUGAAGCGUGGUUGGCUGUCCGCAACUUGGAGUAAAUUACCAGGCCCACCUAGCAGCGCAAUCUCCCAAAAUUCGCUCAUAACACCCAAGCUGUUGCCACGUCAAACCGGCGCCGAGUCCUGGAGCCAUGACAACGAAGAAGACGACGACGACGCGAACAACAAUGACGAUGAUGGUGGUAAAGAAGAAAACAAGGCAACAAAAACAAAAUCGCCGUGCUUGGAUCCAGUGCUUGUCCGUGAUGUGGGUAAACCAUGGUCAGGUGGUCUGGGUGCAAGUAGACUGCUCAAGUACAGAUGCGCAAUAUUGACGGGCAUCAGCGGAAGAUUUGAGAUGCAGGUGGACGGGAGGUCGGCAGAUGUAGACCAAACAGUUGCCGCGGAGGGAUUUGCGACAUGUGGAGAAGCCCAGUGGCGGUGCAGUACCAAUAAGUAUGUACUUGCAUGCGAAUGCGACACGAUUUUGCUGGCGCAGAUCCAUGGAGGCAAUGGAAGCUACAAGGGACGCCGUUGCGGACAUCCUGCUCCACAGAUCGUAUUGCCAGCGCCAGACGGAACAGUGGAUCAUGAGAAAUGA